CUCUCGCUCUGCCGGGCUUCGGCAUAAUUUGGGGAUAGAAAUACACAAGAGUCUACUUCAUAUCUGAUCGGAAAACAACUAACUCAUCAGAGAUGGGACUUUCUGAUUCCGGUACCCCCACCGGAAGCGGAAGUAGGAGCGGAAGCAGAAGCAGUAGUAGCAGCACGUCCUCAUGUGCCGGGAAAGCAUCGGAGAUGGAUGGGCUUCUCGCCGGCGCCGGAUACAACGUGAAGUAUUCGGAUCUCGGACAAGUGGCUCAGAAUCUGGAGCGAUUGGAGACAAUCAUGGUCAACGCCCCAUCCGAGAUCUCUCAGCAACUCUCUUCUGAGGUUGUUCACUACAACCCCUCUAAUAUGGCUUCUUGGGUCGAUUCUCUCCUCUCCGAAAUCAGUCAAAAUCAGCCUCUCCCCUUUUUCUCCUCCUCUUCUGAUCUCUCCGACUUCUCCACCGAUCUUCACUAUAUGGAGGAUCUAGUAGUUCCUUCACCGCCGCUCCACCAAUACUCCUCAGGCACGGAUACCUGGAUUGACCAGAAUAAUUCCCUUCAGCAUCAGCAGCAAUUGACGGCGGUGAUGGCGGCGGCAAUGGAAGAGGAUUCCGGCAUCAGGUUGGUGCAUCUGCUGAUGAUAUGUGCAGAAUCGGUGCAACGUGGCGACGUAUCAUUGGCCGGAUCUCUGAUUACAGAUAUGCAAAACUUACUGGCACAGGUGAACCGUGGCUGCGGCAUUGGCAAGGUUGCCGGCUACUUCAUCGACGCCCUGACCCGGCGGCUCUUCUGCCCUCAGGCCGUCUGUGCUGGUUCGGCCCAGGAGAACGAGAUCCUGUACCGCCACUUUUACGAGGCCUGCCCCUACCUCAAAUUCUCCCACUUCACCGCCAAUCAAGCCAUGCUGGAGGCCUUCGACGGCCAGGAUUGCGUCCACGUGAUCGACUUCAACUUGAUGCACGGGUUGCAGUGGCCGGUCCUCAUCCAGGCACUCGCUCUCCGGCCCGGUGGCCCACCAUUCCUCCGACUAACCGGAAUCGGACCCCCUUCGCCUGACGGUGGUGACUCGAUUCACGAAAUAGGGUUGAACCUGACCGAAUUGGCUCGCUCCGUGAACGUGCGGUUCGUCUUCCGAUACGUGGCGGCCACACGGCUAGAAGAUGUGAAGCCCUGGGUGCUGAAGGUGGGACCCACAGAAGUGGUGGCCGUGAAUUCUAUAAUGCAGCUUCACCGGUUACUCAACUCCGACCAAAGCCUGGAUACGGUAUUGGCAUGGAUCCGGAGCUUGAACCCGAAGAUCGUUACGGUGGUGGAGCAAGAAGCGAAUCACAACCAACCCGAAUUUCUGGAUCGAUUCACGGAAGCGUUGUAUUACUACUCCGCCAUGUUCGAUUCGCUGGAGGCUUGCUCGCUACAGUCGGAGAAGGCAGUGGCGGAGAUGUACAUACAGAGGGAGAUAUGUAACAUAGUGUGUUGCGAAGGUCUGGCCCGAGUGGAGAGGCAUGAGCCACUAGCGAAGUGGAAGGCUCGGCUUGGAGCGGCUGGGUUUCGACCGUUGCAUUUAGGGUCGAAUGCGUUUAAGCAGGCGACUAUGCUGCUCACACUCUUCUCUGCGGAAGGAUACUGCGUGGAGGAGAUGGAAGGGUGCUUGACGCUCGGCUGGCAUAGCCGGCCAAUCAUUGCGGCUUCGGCUUGGCAAGCGGUGCCCGACCCGGCCCAGCCCCACUUGUAGUGGUAAGCAGUUAAGCACUAAGCAC